AUGCCACGGAGGCCACGGCAUGCCACACAGAGCUGGGGCAAACACUGUGCCAAAAGGAGAUUCCUUUGGCCUCCCCACGGAAGCCAGGUCGCCUCCACCUGUGCCAUGGUGGCCUUGUUUAUGCUCCUCAUCUUCGUUGUGGCUCCGAAUGCCCAAUUUCAGGGGCCUUUUACCUGUGAGGAGCCUUGUCGCGACUGGAGCAGGGCCAGUUCGCCUCAGGACCUCUAUGUGUGCCUUGACAUGUAUACCAAGCGCUGCGCAGCUCCCAGCCGGAAUCGCUGCUACAACGGUGAAGUCCAUUGUAGGCAGAAGGGGGCCAGUUCGGACUGCCCGCAGAGCUGUUCGUCCUUCGCGGGUUUUGCCUCCAAGUGGGACCAAUACGUGUGCUUCAACAACGCUACAGCAGUGUGUACUGAAGCCACGAACACUGGAUGUAUGUCGGCUGAGCUGAGAUGUCGGCCAAUGCCAUAA